UUGCUCAUAUUUCACCCAAAAGAAAAUAAUAAAAAAUUGCUCUCUCUCUCUCUCUCAACCGUCUCCCUCCUCCGCCCUCAACUCCUCUACGCCGCCGCCACCUCGGUCACAAGCGAGGUCUUCGGCGGCAACUCCUCCGCCCUCAACUCCUUCGACUUUGAAGGUCAACCCCACGUAGCAAAAUUGCAUCUUCAUGUUCUCCCUUCACUGCUGCCAGCAACAACCUGGAAAGCUCCAAUCGCGAGUUCAUACUGAGAUUGUCUGAAUCGUUAAGGGAAGCAAUUGUGAGGAUGUUUGGGACAGCAAUCAGGAUGUUCGCAAAGAAGCCGAAGCCCAAGAUGAAGCCGAUCGAGCUGAGAACGCCGCCGGAGCAGACGCAGACGAUUACCAGGGUCAUCUUCGACAUACUGAAGGAGCACGGCCCUCUCACCAUCUCCGACACCUGGGACCGCGUCAAGGAAGUUGGGUUGAGAGGGUUGACGAGCAAAAGACACAUGAAGAUAGUACUCCGAUGGAUGAGGGAGAGGCAGAAGCUGAGGCAGAUAUGCAACCACGUGGGCCCGCACAAGCAGUUUCUGUACACAACUUGGUUCACGAAACCCAAUCUUAAGCAGCAGCAGGGCAGAGGACCAGCAAGUGAAGAUCCUACUUCUAAGCCUAAACUCCCUUGAGUUCUCUUCAAGCAAGUUGGCUCAUACGAGGAUCAGAGAACCGAAGAUGGACACCACCACUGCUGCAGAACAGUUGGUAGUUGGAGUAUUGCAUCGGAGUGCAAAAGUCCAGAUUAGUAAUUCUGACAGAACCCAUCGUUGUUGGUUCGGGAUGCAUGCACUGGGUGUCCAAACCUCGAGCAUAAGGAGAGAGGGCGAAAUUCGGGGGAACUUGUAUUGGGAUAUAUCUAAUGAGCAUCCAGCCUUCGACGCCGUUGUUGCAGUUUUCCACUUGUUCUCAGGUCAGGUGUAAUGGGAUGCUUUUUGCUCUAAAUGUUGCACAGCCGCUACUGGGGGUCGGAUUUUCAUCCAUAACGCUUACACUGCUUCAUGUUUCAUUUUGAUGGGAGGAGAUUAUUUCUAUCUCCACUCAUGUUUAGUUUUUGGCUUUAGAGAUCUAUUGAAGUUUCAUGUGAAUUAGUUAAACCUGGUACUGUUCAUUAUACACGUCUGCUGUUAAGUCUGA